AUGUGGAGCAACCUACCCUUUGAUGUUCUAUCCUCCAUCUUCUCUUUUCUCUCCCCAGAUUCCUUAGCUAGAGCAAGAUCAUCUUGCAAGAAUUGGCACACAUGUGGAACUUUCAUAACCCAAUACAAACCUCAUGAGAAUCAUACACAACCAUGGUUCUUAGCACUUCCUAUUCGAAAUUACCAAAAACCAUUUUGCUAUGCUCAAAAUCCAAUCACAAAUAAUUGGCAUGAAAUUUCACUAGAUUUCAUUCCAACCCAAACAACACUUAAACCAGUUGCACCAAUAGGAAGCUUUGUCCUUUUUAAGGUAACAAAUUCGACAACACUUCAAUUGGUUCUUUCUAACCCUUUUACAAGACAAUUCAAGUACUUACCUAAGUUGAAUGUUUCAAGAACCAAUCCAGCUUGUGGAAUUGUUACAAUUAAGGAGGGAAAUGAUGUUUGUUACUUUCCUCGUUUUAGAAUCUAUGUCGCCGGUGGUAUGUCCGAGGCUAAACACGGUGGCGCCACCGCGUAUGAAACAACCGUGGAAAUGUAUGAUUCAUGUGUUGACACGUGGGAGAUUGUCGGGUCGGUGGCGGUUGAGUUUUCCGUUAGGCUAACGGUUUGGACACCAAAUGAGAAUGUGUUUGUGGAAGGAACAGGAACAAGAACAAGAACAACAACGUUGUAUUGGAUAACCUCGGCUAGGGCUUAUAGUGUGAUGGGAUUUGAUGUUGGAGAUAAUUGUUGGAAGGAAUUUGGUGUGCCUCAUGCGGAUAAGCUUGAGUCUGCCACACUUGUGAGAUGGAAUGGAGGGUUGGGAUUGGUUGGUGGCACGUGUGGGGGGAGUGUUUGUGUUUGGGAGAUGAGUGAAGAGGAUGAUGAGAAGUGGUGUUUGGUUGAUGAGAUGCCAUUUGAAUUAGGGUUGAGAUUGUUGGGUGGGAAGAGAAAUUGGGAGGGUGUUAAGUGUGUGAGUGAUGAUGAUGCUAUUUGUUUGUAUAGAGAACUUGGAAAUGGAAUGGUGAUUUGUAGAAAAGUUGGGGGGGUUAUGGGUAGAUGGGAAUGGGUUUGGGUUGAUGGGUGUGGUUAUGUUAAGGGAAAAAAAGUGGUUAAUUGUCUUAUUAGAGGAGUGCUUGUUCAUCCAAGUCUUGCUUGUUCAUCUAUUUUCUUUUGA